AAUUCAGGAAUCUGCAAACCCUAAUUUGAGCAUUCGAUUCUCUUCAUCAGUCAAAUUUGGGGAAAACGAGAAGCCCUAAUCUUUGAAAUUCGAUUCUUAAUCUCCAUGGCUAAUAGUUCUUUCAAGUUGGAACACCCAUUGGAGAGGAGACAAAUUGAAUCUUCUCGCAUCAGGGACAAGUAUCCAGACAGAAUUCCAGUGAUUGUAGAGAGAGCUGAAAGAAGUGAUGUUCCAAAUAUCGAUAAGAAAAAGUACCUUGUUCCGGCUGAUCUAACUGUGGGGCAAUUUGUGUAUGUUGUCCGUAAAAGAAUCAAGCUGAGUGCCGAAAAGGCGAUCUUCGUCUUUGUGAAGAACACAUUGCCUCCAACUGCUGCAAUGAUGUCUGCAAUCUAUGAUGAGAACAAAGACGAAGAUGGGUUUCUCUACAUGACUUACAGUGGAGAGAACACCUUUGGUUUGGUUUAAAUGUGCCUUCCAAUGCUUUUGUACUUAUCUGUAUAUUAUAUGCUCCUUUUAUGUAUGACUAUGAAUAUGCAAAUGUUAUUUUUACUGCUUUGGACUAAUUAAUGUAAAUGUUGCUU